GUGCUGCCGGACCUUCAGCUGCUGCGACAUUUGACGUGUUCGACGGCCAAUGCUCCCGAGAUGACCUAAUCUCAACUUCCGCUGAUCCAGAUCACGACGCUGGUGCUGCGCUGCAUCACACAGGUGGUCUUGCUGAGUGAGGUUGUAAUGCAGCCAUCCGAUAGCGACCAUGCGCCAGGCCCGGCCUCUGCAGCAGCAUCCGCCGCCAAGAAGUCGAGCGGCAGGAAGGCCACAGACGAGAAGGACAAACCGCUUCCGCUGUGGCAGAAGGCUUUCUUGAGAGAUGCCGAAUUCGACAAGGUGAGGAGGUGACGCCACGCAGGCGCCACACACACAAACACACACAGAGGGGAAGCGGUGCAUUGCAUCGCUUGACUGCUGGAAGAUCUGUUUUUCUGUGUGUGUGUGUUGGUGUAUUGCAGAAUGAGGUUGCGGACGUGCUUCACUGGACGCGCCAGUUUGCUGCUCUUGUGCUGGGCAUCGCGUUCGGCCUGAUGCCCGUCAAGGGCAUCGUGGGGGUGGCAGGCGGACCUUUACUCAUCGUCAUCACCGGUAGUUCAGGCAGCCAGGCAGGCAGGCAGACAGCCCACACCAAGUGGUCGUUCGUCUAUCUGCUGCAUGUGUCCACCCACCUUGUGUUGUGUGUCCGCCAGGCCUGUCGUGGAGUCGAUAUGUGGAUGUGGGCGAGGACGUGAUGGAGCCGAAGCACAUCCUGAUGGAGGGAACACUGCCGGCCAUCGGCACAUUCCUGGUACACAUCACGUGAAUGGAGGGAGGGAGGGAGGGAGGGAUGGAGGGAGGGAAGAGGUAAACAAGGUGUGCUGAUUGGCUGGACCACUUUUCUCUCUCUGCGUGUGCGGUCGCUGUGUUGCGUUUGCGACUUCUUCCUUCCACUCCAGCUCUUUUGGGUGUCGGUGUACACGUUGGUUCACUUCUGACCCCCCCAAGACCCCUCGUCUUUUGCAUCCAUCUGCACAACAUUGCAAUCAUUGCCGUCAAUCAGCUGUGAUUGAUAGACAUGCACAAGGGCCUGCAAGUUCAUGCUGACAUUCCUGGCACUGACUACAACAUCUUUGUGCAGCAGCUCGUGACAUAAAUGCGCUGGUGUCCAC